GUGCUGCCAUGGAGUCAGGCACCGUCCUCCUCCUCCUCCUCCUCCUCCUCACCGGGGUCCUGGCCCAGCGGGCAGAGCUGAGCACCGUGCCAGACAAUGAGAAGGGGGCCAUCACCAAGCGGGGCGAGUGCCCCCCGGACAGCCAGGAGGGCAGGAGCCCGUCCUGCCUCUACUGCCUCCUGGACGAGUCCUGCCCCGGGAUGGAGAAGUGCUGCAGCGACGGGGGCAUGAGAGCCUGCGUGCUCCCUCCCACAGUGCACCCGGGGUAUUGCCCCCAGCCAGAGCCGGGCCUGGUGACCACCUGCCUGGUGAACUGCGUGAACGACACCGAGUGCGGGCCGGGCGAGAAGUGCUGCGUGUCGGGCUGCCACCGGAAGUGCGCGCCGGCCGAGCCAGCCCGCCCGGGCACGUGCCCACAGGUGACGGUGCACCCAGGCUCCAGACCCUGCCAGAGCCGCUGCGAGGAUGACAGGACCUGCCCCGAGAACCAGAAGUGCUGCUUCACUGGCUGCGGCCUCAAGUGCGUGGACCCGCAGUGGGACGCUCGCAGCAUCGCCCAGUCCCCCGCGCCCACUGGAGGGGACUGGAGCGGGCAGCAGGAAGGUGGUGCUGAUGGGAAGCCACAGAAGCCCGGGACCUGCCCCGCUGACCCGAUCCGGUGCAUCCGGUCAUUCCCCCCGCUGUGCCAGGUCGAUGCCGAUUGUCCGGAGAUGCAGAAGUGUUGCUACAAGGCGUGCCAGUUCCACUGCGUCCUGCCAGGAGACACGUGCCAGCUCCCCGUGCAGAAGGGGCUCUGCGACGCCUACUCCCGCCGGUUCUUCUUCAACGCCACGGCCGCGCGGUGCCAGGACUUCCUCUACAGCGGCUGCCGCGGGAACGCCAACAACUUCCGCACGCGGGAAGAGUGCGUCCAGACCUGCGAGGGCCAGGAGGAGCCCAGCCCUGGCCCCGUCCCCGUGGCGGGGGGCUGCGAGCGGCGAUGCCUCUAUGACCACGACUGCGCCCGGGGAGAGAAGUGCUGCAGCCUGCGGUGCCGCCGGGAGUGCGUGGACCAGAGCUCGCUGAAGCGCGGCUACUGCUCCAUCACCCCCGGGCUCUACUUCACCUACAACUGCAAAGCCACCUGCCGAGCGGACGGCGAGUGCCCCGGGGACGAGAAGUGCUGCCUCCAGGGCUGCGACUACAAGUGCUUGACCCCUUCCAAAGAGAAGCCUGGCAUCUGCCCGCUGGCCGCCCCAACAGCCCCGUGCACACACCCAUGCGGGGAGGACGACGACUGCCCGGGGGAUAGGAAGUGCUGCCAGAGCAGCUGUGGCCAGACGUGCCUGGCCCCCGAUCGAGCCAAGCCGGGCGAGUGCCCCAAGGUCAGGCCCUGGCAGACGCUGGUGCCGUGCGAGGGGAACGACACGUGCACCCACGACCGGGACUGCCCCAAGCAGGAGAAGUGCUGCUUCAGCGGCUGCUUCCAGCAUUGCCUUCGCCGCAGCAGAGAGCACCCCGGCAUGUGCCCCAAGCCGUCAGCCUGCGACACCCCGGAGGAGAGGCACCACAACCAGUGCCUGGAGGACAGCAUAUGCCCGGGACACGAGAAGUGCUGCGACACCGGCUGCGCCUGGGAGUGCGUGGCCGUGCGCAAAGGCGCAGCGUGACCCAGGAGACCCCUAUCCUGGACGGAAGGUGCCAGGGUCCCCCCUUCCUCGGCUGCUCAGCCCCGGGGCUUCUAGCCUGUGCAAUAAAGGGAACGGCUGC